GCACGCGGAAUGGGUCCUCCGAGGUCUGCUGUCGCGAGUCCCCACACUUUGCGACUAAUGGAGAGCGGAAAGUUCUUUCCUCUCUACUGUAGCAGUUUGUUCCCUGGUGUCGACUGUGCUCAGCAGCGAGUUGGAGAGUAGAGAAAAGGCAGGAUAAUCAGCAUUUGAGGGUCAGAGAAGAAAAGAAAACGCAGUUAAUUCUAGAAGGUUUUCUGUCUGCCCGUGACCUAGGUGACUCUGUCCUGAAGACCUAUGGAGCCUGCUACUUCCCUGCAUUCUUGCCCGCUAGCCUCCCUUCUCUUCUUCUUGGUCCUCAGCCUGUUUGUGCUGGUCUCAGCCCAGUUUAAUGUCAUAGGACCAGCUGAGCCCAUCCUGGCCAUGGUAGGAGAGAAUAUCACACUACACUGCUACCUGUCACCAGAGAGAAAUGCAGAAGACAUGGAGGUACGGUGGUUCCGGUGGCGUUUCUCCCCAGCAGUGCUGGUGUACAGAGGCCAUCAAGAGAGACCAGAGGAGCAGAUGGUGGCAUACCAAGGAAGAACCACCUUCAUGAGCACAGACAUCAGCAAGGGGAGAGUUGCACUCAUUAUCCACAAUGUCACAGCCUAUGACAAUGGCAUCUACUGUUGUUACUUCCAGGAAGGCAGGUCCUAUGACCAGGCAAGCAUGAGGCUCACGGUGGCGAGCCUUGGCUCUGAGCCGCUUAUUAAAAUGAAGUCUCUUGAGGAUGGGAGCAUCUUGCUAGAGUGCACAUCUGAAGGGUGGUACCCAGAGCCCCGUGCUGUGUGGAGAGACCCCUAUGAUGAAGUUGUACCUGCCCUGGAGGAAGAGUAUACAGCUGACAGAGAAGGCCUCUUCACCGUCUCCAUGACUAUAAUCAUCAGGGACUGUUCUGUGAGGAACAUGACCUGCUCUGUCAACAACACUCUGCUCAGCCAGGAGAUGGAAAGUGUGAUUCUCAUUCCAGAAUCCUUCGUGCCCAGCCUUCUUCCUCUCUGGAUGGUGGCCAUGGCUGUCACUCUGCCUAUAGUAAUGCUACUCUUCCUCACAUCUGGAAGCAUCUGUCUUGUCAAGAAACACCGCAGGAAGAAAUCGAUCCUGUCAGCUGAAAAAGAAGCCAAAUAUAAAGAAAAGGAAACUGCACGGCAACUUCAUGAGGAACUGUGUUGGAGACGAACCCUCUUACAUGCUGCUGAUGUGGUUCUGGACCCAGAUACAGCUCAUCCUGAGCUCUUCCUGUCAGAUGACCAGAGAAGUGUAAUAAGAGGCCCUUCGAGGCAGAGUGUGCCUGACAACCCUGAGAGAUUUGACUGCCGUCCAUGUGUCCUGGGCAGGGAAAGCUUCUCCUCAGGGAAGCAUUACUGGGAGGUGGAGGUGGAAAAUGUGAUGGUGUGGGCCAUUGGUGUUUGUAGAGACAGUGUUGAAAGGAAAGGGGAGGCCCUAUUGGUUCCUCAGAAUGGCUUCUGGACCCUGGAGAUGUUUGGAAGCCAGUAUCGAGCCCUGUCUUCACCAGAAAAGAUCAUACCUCUGAAAGAACGUCUUCACCGAGUGGCCGUCUUCCUGGACUGUGAGGGUGGAGAUAUUUCUUUCUACAACAUGAGAGACAGAUCACACAUCUACACAUGUCCUCCUGUGACCUUCACUGGGCCCCUGAGACCCUUCUUUAGGCUGGGUUCUGAUGACAGUCCCCUGUUCAUCUGUCCAGCAUUCACAGGGGCACAGGGAGUUAAAAUACCUGAGAGUGGCCUGUUCCUAUAUAGAACAAGACCAGUUUCUCAGAGCCUUGUAAAGAAGCCAUAGCUCUCAGCACAGUAUCAUCGGGUAGAGACCAGAUCCUGUGUCCUUCAGGUCACGUGGAGCAUCUUCCAGCUGCUGCCUUCACACAUACUUCAGGCCCAUGCCUCAGGUCACUGCAUCAUUCCUUCUAACUAUGGGCCUAGGUAGGCCCAGUCUUUGGGGACUGUGAUACAGCUCUCUCCUGAGAAGAGAGUGUGAGAAGGGGAGAGGAAGAAAACCUGGAGCUUCAACAUGAUGCUCUGGCCACAGUGGAUGUUGGGCAAAGGCAAUAGGGUGCGUCAGGAUGUAAGAGGAGAGAACUGCAGAGGAAGGAGACAGAUAAAUACAAAUUGAGGCCAAAGAUGGAGGAAGUAUACUGGAGAACUCUGAGGUAAGCCCUAUAUGACAGCUGUGGGUAGGUAGGAGCUCAUAGUCCAUUGAUAUCCAAAUCCAAAGAUUUAAAUAUCACAUAUUAUGUCUGGAGUGUGUAUCUGUAGACCCACACAUGAGAGGAAAUAAUCAUAGGGAUGAUCUGGAUGUAAGCUGGCUCAGGCGUCCCUACAAUAAACACUCACUUCUGAGUUCC